GAGACCUGCCUCUCCGCAGCGCUUUUGGCGAGGGAGGCGGGCAGGGGCACAGCGCUGCCGGCCCGUGCCGGGCUGCACCCCGCUGCCCUUUGCUCCGCGGCACCGGAGGGCGGUGGGGCUGGACCGAGGCGAACUCUUGGGAGCCCUUCGGCCUGUGCAGCAGCCUGGCCAUGGCCGUCGGCGGGGUCGGGCGGUCGCUGCUGCUGCUGGCCGGCAUCGUGGCGGCGGUGGGACUGUGCCGGAGGCUAACCCGCCGCCGGCUGCGCACCCGCCAGCGCCUUCGCACUUUCCUCUUGGAGAUGUUCGGCACCUUCCAGAUUUGCGCCUGCACGAACGAGCUCUGCCUGCUCGGCGACGUGGAGCCCACGCCGCACACCGCCCUCACCCUCACCUACGGCUUCACCGUCCUGCACGGCCUGACGCUGCCCGGCAGCACCUGCAACCCCUGCGGCACCCUGCAGCCCAUGUGGGCCGGCGGGACGUCGGUCCGGGCGGGCGGACUGAAGAUCGCCGCUCAGUUCGCGGCGGCGGCGCUUGCCAGGGCGUUCAUGCGCUUCAUCUGGAGCUUGGAGAUGGCAGAGCCACAUUCCGGAGCGCUCUCGCAGGGCUGCAGCAACCCCAUCCAGACUACGGAGAUGCAGGCGUUCUGCAUAGAACUGCUUUUCUCUGUCGUCUUCCAGCUCACCAUCCUGCGAGUGGAAAGUAUUAAUCCCAAAUACAAAGUCCAUUUGAUUGCUCUUCUCAUCACCAUGCUGGUGUAUGCAGGUGGAAAUCUGACAGGAGCAAUAUUUAACCCAGCCCUGGCUUUUUCACUACAUGCCAAUUGCUUCUACGAGAGGUUCCUGAGUUACUCACUUGUGUACUGGAUAGCACCAUCCUUAGGUACAAUGCUUGUGGCUGUCAUCUGGGAUGAGCUCCUCCCUCGGAUAUCCUGAGAGCAGCUUCUGGAAUCUAGCAGCACCAUGUUAAAAUGUCUCCCAGCACCUGCAGCAAAGGAGCUGCCAGGAAACCACUGCCACUGACUUCCAAGGCACCUUCCAGCUGUACUUUCAGAUUGCACAUCUGAACUGUUUGACUGCAGCUUUGUACUCAGACACCUCUUUUGUAACAGCACUUUGGGAUGCUGAGGCCACCUGCCAGCAGGUUCAGUUAAGCCAUGUGAAUGUGAUGGACUGGUAAAACACUGACACUUGUCACUUUAGCCAUAAGUGCCAUUUGCUGGCCUUUAGUCCAGCAGGGAACACCCUGUCCCUUCAAGGUUUGAUUUUACUCGAUUACUUCCCCCUAGAAGGCACCUGGCAAAGAAAGAGCUUAAGCUUUCAUUCCUCAUCUUAGUCCUACUUGCCACAUCCAUACCUCUGAGAGGAAGAGCACAGCUCCCUAGAAGAGGCUCCACAGUUCUGUUCUAGAGGUGUCCUACACCAUAACUAAAAGGCUGUAGGAACAGCACUGUUUUGCUAAUAGCCAAGUGCAGGGAAGUAAGUAACCCUUUGCUUCCUUUUGGGAAGGCUCUGCCUAAUCCUGUCCCACUAGGGUCUGUUGAAUGUUUAUCUUGAUUGGAAAGAGCAGUAAUAAAGUAGCAGAACUGUAAAUGCACAUCUAAAAGGAUGAUUUAGGCAACAACAACAAAAAACCAACCCUCAAUUUCUGUGAGCUUAGUGCUGCCUUUAAAAUGGACUCUGUAUACAGAGAUGAAUCAUGUGGAACUUGAUUUGUCCUUGCUUUUAUCUAACUGUUAUCAGAUACUUCUCUUGCAAUAAAGGAGUCUGCAACACAGGGGAAGAAAUAAAAGAGCCAAUGGCACAAACACCCCCCUUACAGCCUCAGCCAUGAAGGGUACAGGACCACUGAUAGGCUCCAGCCUCUGAAGUUCUCUUUCUGGCAUGAGGUUUCUUCUGGCUGCAUCUUCUGUUUUAUAUAUGCUCAAAUAGUUUUCAUACUUAAGACUAAAUUCAGUGUUUCCUACUGUAGUUACUGGGUUAGAGAGAUGGUUAACAAGGCCUGCAGGUCUCUUCCCCCUCUACUGCACUCUGCUGAGACCCCACCUGGAGUCCUGCAUCCAGCUCUGGAGCCCCUGGGACAAGAGGGCUGUGGAGAUGCUGGAGAGUGUCCAGAGCAGGGCCAGGAGGAUGCUGAGAGGCUGCAGCAGCUCUGCUGUGAGCACAGCCUGAAAGAGUUGGGGCUGUGCAGGCUGGAGCAGAGGAGGCUCCCAGGGGAUCUUCUUGUGGCCUUCCAGCAUCUGAAGGGGGCUCCAGAAAAGCUGGGGAGGGACUUUUUAGGCUGUCAGGGAGGGAAUGGAGCAAAGGUGGAGGUGGGGAGAGUGAGGCUGGAGGUGAGGAGGAAGUUGUUGAGCAGGAGAGUGGUGAGAGGCUGGAGUGGGUUGCCCAGGGAGGUGGUUGAGGCCCCAUGGCUGGAGGUGUUUGAGGCCAGGCUGGCUGAGGCUGUGUGCAGCCUGCUCUAGGGUAGGGUGUCCCUGGGCAUGGCAGGGGGUUGGCACUGGCUGCUCCUUGUGCUCCCUUCCAUCUCUGACUGAUUCCAGGAUCCCAGUAGCAGGCCUCUCAACCUAUUGCCCAGGUCACCUUGCAGACCAGAUUGUAAGAGGAAGGGGGGGAGGGGACCCACACAAUCAAUUGUUCCACCAUAAAAUUAUGAGCCCAGCUGUAAAGAGCUGCAGCUCUCAGCCUGUUUGCUUUGCAAGAGCUCAGGAAUCAAACACUUUGAUGUAAUUUCUUACUUGCUGCAAUAAAACCUUUCCCUGCUUCA